GACGCGAGUCGAGAUGAGCAACAUGACAUGACGCCAAACUCUACGAGGGGCUUCGGGCUUUAUACAGCAUGGCUUCCGAGAUGGGAGAGUUUGUUCACUAUUUACACAUCAAUCUAGGGCAACAUGGCUAACGAGGGAUUCGCGAAACCAUGGCUUGAGUUCGAAGAAGAGCUCGGCGAGCGCAUGCUCCUGAAGCCGCCUGUUUCGAGUAUGACCGAGCAGUUUAUGCGAUACGGUGGCCUCAUGGCUUCAAAAUAUACCUUUCCUGCGCCUGACCCUUCCGUGAAGACCGAGGACACAGUCACCGACGACGGGACCAAAGUGCGCAUAUACACGCCUGAUGGUUAUACCGGUGGCAAGCCAGUGUGCAUGUACUAUCAUGGUGGCGGCUGGGCUAUGGGUGAUGUUAACGGCGACGACCCGUUCAGCAGAGCAAUCUCAAAAGCUGGCGGCAUAGUAGUUGUAUCUGUUGAAUACGGACUCGCCCCGGACAACAAGCACCCUGGAUUGCUAAACGAAUGUUACAAGGCCUCACGGUGGGCAUUAGGCAACUCAAAGCGACUGAACACUGCCGAGGGCAAGUACCUCACCGCAGGACUCUCCGCUGGUGGUCAGUUGGCUUUCGCCGCGGCGCUGAAAGGCGUGGACGAGAGUUGGGGCGAGCUUCUGGGCGUUGUCGCACUUAUCCCGGCGACUGUCCAUCCAGAUGGUGUUCCUGAGACACUCCGGGCUGGUUACACAUCAAUGCAGGAGCACGAUCAGCACACCAUCAACACUUCGGGGGCGAUGAGAGACUUUUGGGCUGCCUUCGGUGCACCACCAACUGAUAUAUACGGAUCGCCGCUUCUCCACCCGGGGAUCAAGAAUUUAAAGAAGGUCUAUAUGGCUGUCGCGGGGCACGACACGCUAAGAGAUGAUGGUACGCUGAUGAAGCGCGUGUUGGAUGAUGCAGGCGUACCUGUCAAAUUCGACUUCUACGAUGGCUAUCCACACUUCUUCUUCGCUUGGCCUUCGCCUAAACUCGACGAGCCGAGGAAGCAGUUCUAUGAUGACUUGGCUGAGGGCGUCACGUAUGUGUUGUCGGCGUAGCCAUAGCUAAAUUCAGACGAAGUAAGAAGCAUAUUUUCUACGAUGCCCAGCAUACAGCAACACCAGCAUUGAACGCGCUAUAGAAUCAGGUACCGCUAUAUAAUGAACAUGCCAUUGCGACAGAGCACCU